AUGGGGAGACUCGGGGUCGAGAAGAGCGGUUCUUAUAUCACUUGCAUUUUCGCUACCAAAUCUUCCAGUUACGAAUCCGAGAAUGCUACUUACCGUCCUUGCAUAAAUCCGCCGACUAACCUCCCAAAUAUCAGGUCAUACGGUGCGAUUAAUCUCCCAUGUCACGGAAUAUCUUGGUUUCUUUUGAGUGCGAAGGUGCCACUAGGUAUUUUGCGGAAUGUAAUCCAGUUCGCCGAGGCUUCAAUUGAGUUUCCUUACCGUACAAGAUGGCAUCUGGUUGGCAGGUGGUUGGUGAAGCUGAUUACCGGGUUGGACAUUCGGAUUAAUAUAAAUAUAGUGGGUGUUCGGAAUAUUUCACACGGGAUACUCGUAGCCGAGCGCAUCGUAUAUCGUCGUCCUACCAUCGUGUAUAUUGGUGGAGAUGGUCUGGUGGCCAAUAUGUUGUUGAGGAAUAAUAUCAAAGUACGGGUCAACGAACAUGUCAUGUCAUGUUUGGGCAUGAUUGGCGACGUUUUGGUGACAAGCAGGGUUGAUGUGUAUAUACUCCAUUGCCCGAAACUUGAGAAGUAUCUCCACGCUGACUUGUCCACGACGAGGCUUGGAAGUUUUCAUGAGAAGGAACCGUAUUCCCGGACUGCCGUGAGCGAAACUAUUCUCACUAUCGUUAGGGGUAAUCCUUUGAGUCGCUUGCUCCUUUACUCUUCUUCUGCUACUCUAGAUCUUCUUCUCUUGUGUCUGAUCACUGAAACAAAAUGCUUUUCGCUCGAAUGCGACUUCCAUGAGAAUAAGUAA